AUGUCUUCGGCAUCCAUAAUGGCAGAGUCCACUAGCACCGGUAGCAAUUCAGGCUACUUGGACGAUCAUGACCCACAGGCAGCUACUCCCUUUUCCGCAACAUCGGCCGGUGCGGUCCUGAGCGCUCUCCGACAAAAGACUUCCCCCAUCUGGCUGCAUUGUCGGCUAGCAGAUGGCAAGACUGUUCCCGGGGCAUGGGUGGAUUCCGAUGGCUCGCGUUGGUGGCAUUGCCAGCCUUGCUUUGAAAAGAAGAAAGCCAAACGCUACAAAUACUCGGGCGGGUCGUCCACCAUCAUCAACCACUUGCGCAAGGAGCAUAACAUCAUGAUUUGCGGCAAGCAUGAGGCCAGCAGGGAGGUAACAAAACAAAGGCUUGGAAACAUUGCCUCUUUCCUCUCUGGAGGAGCCUUCCAUCCCAGUAAGAAACGAAAGGCGACCUCGGAGGAAGAUGAGCUGGACCCAGACACCCUGCGUGAGCUCUUCUGCCGCUACACGGUAGCGUGCAGUCUACCCUUUGCUCAUAUCGAGCAGCCAGCAUUUCGCGACUUGAUACGUUACAUACGACCAGCCGCGGACGACCUUCUGCCAAGGUCGGCUGGCACCAUCAAAACGGACCUGAAGCAGGGCUACGAUUGCAAGCAGGAGCUUGUCAAGCGAGCGUUGCAAAACUCGCUCUCAUCAAUCCACGUUGUGCCGGACAAUUGGACGUCGCCAAACAGCUUAGGCGUAAUAGGCUUCACGGUUCAGUUUGUAACUGAAGAUCACGGCCUUCAAUCGCUCGUGGUGGGAAUAAAAGAGCUAGGUGGGCAGCACAGCGGCGAGAAUAUGGCCGAGGCUAUCAUGGAGUUCAUACGAGAAUUCGGAAUCGCUUCCAAAGUUGGAUACUUCGUGAUGGACAAUGCUAGCAACAUGAACACCAUGAUCGACCAGAUUUCUGACGACCUAGAGCGAGAGUUUAGUGUGUACUAUGAUCCUUUGCCCCAUAGGCUUCGUUGCUUGGGUCACGUUAUCAACUUGGCCGUCAUGGAGUUCCUCAUAGGGAAGAGGCCAUUAACGACUGGUGCAUAUUUCGGACCGUCCACUGAGCAAAUUGAGCAAUGGCGAAAGCGUGGAGCGAUAGGCAAACUGCAUAACAUUGUGACGUACGUCACAUGGACGCCGCAGCGACUUUGCGCGUUCACAAAUCUUACAGACGGCCUGAGGCUGCGCCGAGACAAUGAUACACGCUGGAACUCUUGGUAUAAGAUGGUUGAAACGGCCCUGCGACCCAAGGCUCGUCAGGCGAUAACGAUUUUCUGUGCGCAGGAACCAGCUCUGCAAGAGGAUGCCCUCACUGCCUCUGAUUGGGUAGUCUUGUCGGAGACUUACGAGUUUCUCGAGCCGUUUUACGACGCUACGAUGGCCAACGAAGGAACAACCGCGUCGUCCAUCGCCGACGUCUUGCCCACAAUGGAUUAUCUACUCCACCAUAUCGAAGAUGCCAGAGCAAAGACUACUAUUCCUCACUUGGCCACGAUGAUGGAGACUGCUUGGGCCAAGCUAGCUGACUACUAUGAGCUGACGGAAGAUUCUCCGGUGUACUCGGCGGCGACAGUGCUGAAUCCUUCUCUCAAGUGGGCAUAUAUGGAGAGGACGUGGCGGGAGAAGGAGGAGUGGGUUGAGAGAGCUAAAGCUCGGGUGGGACAGCUGUGGAGGGAGGCUUACAAGUCGACGACGUCCUGUCCUGCUCUUCGGCAAGAUCACGCCCAAGAGCCGAUGCCGGCGCGACCAAACGGAUACAAAAUGUGGAUGAAGGAGCAAAAGGCGACGAUUUUUAACAUGGACGAUGAUGAGUACGAAGUGUACUGCCGAGAGCCGGUUUUGAUGACAUCAGAUCCUUUACGUUGGUGGCUGGAUGCCGCUCAACGACGCAGAUUUCCGAAUCUUUCUUUGAUGGCCAUUGACAUUUUGUCAAUCCCGCCGAUGUCUGCGGAGACGGAACGGCUAUUCUCAAAGUCUAAAGCCACGAUUACAGACCAAAGAGGUUCUCUAAAUACCGAAACUUUAAAUCUCUUGGAAUGCUUACGAUCCUGGGACAAAAGCGCGCUCAUAGUCCCGUCCGAGUGCUGCUACGUCGGUCUGCCGGUACCGUGCGACGCGGCCGAUGAAACUGGCCUGGGAAGUGACGAUGAGAUAUAG